UCAAGCCGAGCAUUGCUGCAGGAGCGGGCAGAGAUGAAGCCCCUCAUGGCAAUUCUGUUUUUCGUCUUUGCGCACGUCUCUUGCGCGCAGAAUCAGACAGGUGCUGAUAUCCUGCAACUUGCGAUUAAAGAGCUGCCCCCUUGCGCACUGAAAUGCACCUUAAGUACUGUUCGCGCGUCAUCAUGCGACCUCACAGAUAUCUCCUGCAUCAAAGGCAACGAAGUGCUAUUAAACGACUUGAGUAUAUGCGUCAAGUUGAGCUGCAACGUCAAGGACGCACUUAGUAAGCCAUCGAACACCUCCGACUAUACUGUUCGCUAAUCCAAGUAGCUGCGAAAAAGUUCCUCCAAACACUGUUGGAAGCGCCAGUUCGUGAUAAGACGCAGCUUGGAACCCUGACGACUUUGAUCGUUGGAGGAAUGGCUGUGUUAUUCUAUCUUCUACGAGUGAUCGCUCGACUACCCAUCUUUCGAGGAAACUGGGGUCUUGACGAUUGGGUCAUGACGGCAGCCAUGAUACUGAUCAUUCCGGAGACCAUCUGCGCGUACCUUUUGAACAUACUCGGACUGGGGACAGACAUGUGGCUAGUGCCUUUCGAUAACAUCACCAAGAUCUUACAGAUCUUCUACUACACCGAGCUCCUCUACCUGGCGGCUGUCGCACUGACGAAGAUUUCAAUUCUACUUUUCUACCUGCGCAUCUUCCCGCAGCCAGGACUUCGAAAAGUUAUCUGGUUCACGAUUGUGCUCUGUGUUGUAUACAUUAUUGCCUUUGUCACAGCAACUGCGUUGCAAUGCAUUCCCAUUCGCUUUGCUUGGGAGCGCUGGGACGGUGAGCACCACGGGAAAUGCAUCGACCUCAACGCCGACGCUUGGUGCUCCGCUGCCUUCAAUAUCGUCCUUGACUUAAUCGUCAUUGUGCUUCCGAUGAGAGAGAUCAAGAACCUGGCUAUGAGUCGCCGUCGCAAGUUUGGUGUCAUGCUCAUGUUCCUUGGUGGACUAUUUAUCACCGUCGUCAGCAUGCUACGUCUUAAGUACCUCGUCGAAUUCGCGCACACGACCAACUUGACGUGGGACUAUCUGCCUAUUGGAUACUGGUCGGCUGUGGAAUCGCAUGUCGGCGUCAUGGUCGCUUGCUUGCCUGCGAUCCGUUCCCUCCUGGGCUCCCUCAAACGAAAGUUCUUCCCUCAAACUGCCACCCAGCUAAGCUACUAUGAGGAUCUGUCCAAAGACAGCAACAAGAAAGCUAGUCGUAAACGCUCACAUUCGCGCAUCUUCAGCUCGAUUGGCAGAAGUCGAGCCGAUAAGGAAGACUUCCUACAACUGGGCGAGUUUGAAACAAAGGGAGAUGUGGAGUCAAAGGGGAAGAGUAGCCCUACACAAAGCUCUUUCGAGAGAUCCUUGACUCAAGCGUUCAAGUGGAACGAGGACAUCCUGCCAUUCGCCUACUCGGGGGCUCAGAUGGGGCAGCCAUUGGGUGGUAUUCUAGUUCGGUCAGAGUACAGUGUCGACAGGACGUGUGAGCUGGGUAAGACACCGACAAGAUCAAGUGAUCAAGAGUUGGCGUAUCGACUGGGAGGUCGUAUCUGAAUUGGGAGAAUGACAUCGAUGAGCCAUUAGACCCUCAAUAUGAGUACC